GUGAGGUGCCAAGUGCUGCCGUCACGUUCACUCUUCUCCCUCACUCCUGCGUCCUCCCUCCCUCACCUGCGUGCUCCCGUAACGCUCGUGACCCGCCCUCGGCCAGGUUAACUCAUGAAAACCUAAUCGUAGCGACACGUUGUGCUAGUCGCCGCCAAGGUGCUCCGUGCGAGGAACACUGACGCAGCUGUUGAUGCAGCAACACAAGGUUGUGGAAAGUCGCGGUUUGGUCGUGGGAUGAGUGAGUGAGUGUGGUGGUGGUGGUGCGUGGUGAUGAGAGCAGAAGGCGUGUGUAGGCCUGGCCGGCGCGCCCUGUGAUGACCGCAGCACCGCCCGCCGCCCUCACUUGCAGGAGAAGGGGCCCCGCCCCCGGAGGGUCGCCCCAGGCCGGAGAGUGCGGGCAGGACCCCCAUGUGCUGGUGGUCGCCGCGUGCCGGCGGGGACGUGAUGCGUGAGAUCGGGGACAGUGGCCGCUGCAACGGUGGGCCAGCGGCGCCCCGGGAGCCCGGCGGCGGCGUGGGGGGCGGCUCGGGGGACGGCGGUGGAGGUCAGCAGCUAGGGGGCGAGGACCCCGAGGAAACAACGCCCCUCACCCUGCUGUCGGCCAACCCACCCGACAAGGAUCUGACGGACAUCAACAGUCUGCUGGACGACAUCCACAAGCUGGGGGGCCGCGGCGACAGCAUCCCGCUGCGCUCCCUCACACCGGGGCUUGACCGGGACCCGCCCUCCCGCCGCCACACGCCCGUCUCCCAGCCCCGGGCCUCCCACAGCCGCAAGCCCAGCAGCUCCUCCUCGGAGGAGAUCAUCGAAGUAGAGCCUCGAGCGGCGGCUCAGGUAAGACCAUAUCAUGUAUAUACUAUGCACUUUUUAAAGUACUCUCUUCCCUUUUCAUCACCUCCAUACCCCACCUUCCCCCUCACCCAACCCGUAGUGAUUAGCGCGAGUGAUCAGCGGGUCAGUGGAGCCUGAGUCCGUGGCGCGCCGAGCAAAGCUUCAAUGCCAUAUUAAUAGGUUGUCCCGCCUCGGUGCAGCCGCUUGUUUAUCCCAGGCAGUGAGGCGGAACAGCCGCCGAACAAACUCAUCCCCGUCGGCCGCUCGUGCCAACACUCGCCAGACUCAAUUACUGCUGCUGCUCGCUGACCCACCGGCUGGCGGGGCCGAUGACUUCCCGACGGGCUAACAGGGGUACCGACUGACAGGCCGCUGACUGACUGACUGACUGACAAGGCUGGUGAGUGACUGGUGGAUGACAAGGCGGUGACAGACCGGCUGGUUCACAGAUUCACUGGCUGUGUGAUGGGGGACACCGGCCAAGUAGCGGCAGAGGUACAGUAAUGGUUAAGUUAAGGGUAUACGCUAUAGCUGGGCGUGGCCUCGGUGCUUAUCUUCGUUACACUUGCUUUUGAGCCUGUGCCGGGUAAGAAGCUAUUACCCCGGGUUACAAAGGCUGUGUGACAUCCGGUUUACCACAGUUUCCCUUCCCUAGAUUUCCUUAGGCACCCAUCUAUGGACUAGCCCGAAAGGGAGGAUGAACAGAUAGGUUGGCUGCACGCUGACUGCCCGGGCCGGGAUUCAAACUGCGGCCCGUGGUUUCUAAGCCAGGUGUGCUAACCACUGCACCGUGGGAUGAGACGACGGAUGGCAGGGUUAGUGUUGGGUGGCCGGCAGGGUGCACUGGGCUCUGACUUUAGUUGUGGCAGGGUGGCAGUGGCGGCGGCAGUGUCAGGGAGGACUUGAAGGCGAGAGUCCGGGAAUACCUGAACCCUCGCUGCCUCCCCGUUUUGAUCAGAUUGCGGCGGCGGUGGAAACUUUGUGUCGGAAGGAGAACGAAAGUUUGAUGCUGUGGGUCUGAGAGUCGGCGGUGGGAUGCGGAUGGGGAGGAAGGGACGGAGAAAAAAGGAGGUAGAGGAAAAGGAGGAGGUGGGAAAGGAAUGAGAGAUGCAGCAAAGGAAAGGGAACACUAGAUAGACACAACAAAUGCUAGGGGAUGAUAAGGAGGAAAGGGGAACUUAAGGAAAAGGUGGCAGAGGAUUUAGCUACGGUGGUGGUGGUGGUGGUGGGAGUGAUGGUGGUAGCGCUGGUGGUUGUGGUGCUGAUUCUGGUUGUGGCCGAAGUAAUGUAGAAGAACGGCCAUAAAAGGAGGAAGGAGUGCAAACAGCUGAGUUUAUGGUAGAGAAAUGUAGAAGAAAGACCAGAAAAAGAGAAAGUAGUGAGUUUGAGUUAGAGGAGUGUUGAAUAGAGACCAGAAAAAGAGGAUAAAGUGGAAAAAAAAGACGAAUUAGAGGUGCUGAGUAGUAGGAAGUAAAGGGACAAAAGAAGGGGGCGAUAGGUCCUGACAAGAGCUCCGGUAAAGAGCGUCGAGGGGGAAGAUUGAGUCCCUGGGGUCAUUGGCGACACCGUUAGGGCAACUUGGGGCCUUCCUGCACCCCGGAGCACGUCGAGGCCGCCGCUGCACCAAAGAUAUUAUUACUGAGUUAUUGGAACUAAUAUUGGCACCUGUUUGGCACUGGGUUGAGAAAAUUUGAAGUUGUUUAAUAUAUCGUCAUUAUUUGGGUACAGUAAUAAUAUUUACAUGGGUGAAGGCACAGAAUAUUUAGCUAGAUUAUAGAUCAGAUAUGCAUGGGUG